AUGGCAGCAAAUCCUCAUCGACUGGCUGAGCAGCUUGCUCGCCAAAUCCACGAACACGCUCAAGCCAUCCCAGUUGACCAGAGAGGUCUUACACCUUUCACCAGUCUAGAUCCUGACACAUUGCCAACCUCGCAAGAUCUGUCAUCUGGCAUUGUCCCCGUUGACACCCAGACACUGUUCCCAGAUGCCUUGACCGCGGACAAGUAUCAUGACGUGAUCCUUCAGGCAAAGUCAGGUCCAGCCGACAACACUAUCCCAUCGACCUUCGAUUUGAGAAAGGCACAUGUCAGAGUUCUCUUCAUGGCGUUCAAGUGCGUCCCUACAGAGCGAAACAACGAGGACUCGGAUGCCGACGAACAGGUUGAACAGAAACAAAAGCGCGAUGUUACCGACGCCUUCAAGAGCCAGAAUCAUGACAAUUACAUGGUGGAAGCACUGUGCUGGAGGGUCCUUGACGCUUGCAUACGCCGGUCCAUGAAGGAGCAAAAUCUUAUCGAAGGGUACCUAGGAGAGCGAGGCAAGUCUCACGGCAGACGACACACCUGGAAUUUCCGAGAGCGCUUUGACAAGAUCGUGAAUACCAUGGCCAGAUCCAAGUCGGUCUGUAAGCACCUCUUUGACACUCCAUACAUGCUGAGGAUCGUUGAUGAUCCUGUCACCAGCUACAAGAGAGUCGUGUCCAACAAGAGACUCAAUCAGCAGAAGGGAGCUCUUAUGAAGAGAGGCAAGGCUGCUAUUGAAGAGGACAUGAAGUCUAACAAGCGCCGAAAGACCGACUUUGUGAUCGAGAGACCCGCCGAUGCUAGGAAAGCGCAGGCAAGCCCUGCUGAAGCUUCGGCUAGACCCAGUCGUCGGACAUUGGUUCCUAUUGCUCCCAGCAGCACCAGAAAUCCGCAAUUGGGCAAUCAUCAGAACAUGGCCGCAAUCAACUCCUUUGCAACUACCUCCAGCCCAGCGCUGAGCGAACGCCAAGUACCUCCAGGAAUGGCUGCGGAACAAUAUGCCAACGCCAUUUCCUCAAACCUCUUUGGCCGACCAAACGUUGGUGCUUACGCGAAUGCCAGUACCAGCGUCAUGCAGCCAAAUUUCCAAGCCAGACAACCUGCACAAAUGUUUCCAGAUUUGGGUUACCAUAAUAUGUCGACAGUGGCCCCGGCUCCUGCGGCUGCUGACAUGUUUCCAAUGUUGUCGGCACCUGGUUCUCGAUCGACCUACUCGUCUGGGGACACUGCCUCGGACCAUGGCGAUCAGCAACAGUUUUGGGGUGUUGGAGUUGGUGCCAGCAAUGCAUCGACUGACCGUUUCCGCAAUCAUGUUCCGAACCUGAUGGGCGCCCAAGAAUUGUUUGGCUACCAGAAUGCGAAUGCAGGAAUGCAGAAGCACAAUGACUGGGGAAUGAUGCCACCUAGCUCGACGACGCACAUGGCCAUGGGCCCGCCAAUGGCUCCGUACACCUCCUCGCCGACCCUGCCUUUGGCCGAAAUGUCAAGUGUAUUCGCCCGAGAUUUUUCUCAGGAGCACGACAGCUUUGUGAAUGAGGCAUUUGUGAAUGAUGAUGACGAUGAUGACGAUGAUGACGAUGAUGAUGUCGACAACGACGGCAAUGAAGAAGAAGCUGAAGCAGAUUACACCUGA